CGCGCGGCAAUUCGGGCCUGGUCUUUCAGCGAACGACGGUGCUGCUGCUGAUGAGCAAUGCGCGUAGCUGAUUAUAGCAUGCAUUCAAACUUCAGAAAGGCGAGUUACAAGGGAAGCGCGUCGUGGGUGGUCCGGCGCGAGGGAGAGCGACGUGUGUGUGGUCCGGCUGGUUUUGUAUGCUGCGAGUGCGACUGUCGCCGGCAACCGUAGAAGAUGCGAGAACCUCCGUCCGAGCAAGACGCAGACCUUGCCUCGUGGUUGAACGAGAUUGUCUGCGAGAACAACGACGUCAACUCACGAACCCACGAAAGACAGUUUCGGAACUGGAGCACAGGUUUAUGAUCAAUAAUGAAGCUGAGAAUAAUACGGGAAAGGAUAUGGAACUGGGACCUCGACACAGAAUCAAGGAUUCUAGUUAUUUACUGGACAGGUAUCCCAUAGACAUGUCAUCGGGUGAUAUGAAUUGUCGCAGACCUGCCAAAUGUAUUUCUCUGCACAAAAACACUUGUAUGGGUAUGAAACUACCAUAUACCCAUACUACGUUGGAUCUGAUACCGGAACAUAUAACUCAGAAUAUUAUAGAGGAAAGAUUACAUUUGUUACAAGCCCUGAGACAUGUGCCAAAGUGUUGGGCAGUUGUCCAACCAUUCUUGUGCUCCAUAUUCAUGCCGAAAUGCAUGAACAACAUGGUUGAAUUGCCAUCUCACGAGAUGUGUAAGAUGGUGUUGGGGCCAUGCAGGAUGCUGCUCAAUCACACGAUAUGGCCAAGCUUUGCGAAAUGUGACGACACUGAACUGUUUCGACGCUCGUGCAAGAACGACAUCAGAGAAUUGAAAUUUAACAUAUCAGGCAAGUGCUUGAAACCCCUCGUGCCCACCGAUAAUUCCCUGUCGAUCUUCGACGGAGUGGAGGGUUGUGGUACACAAUGUUACGACCCAAUGUACACACCUGACGAACACAAGCAGAUACACUCAUUUAUCGCAUGGGCCGCGGGCAUCUGCUGUGCUUUCAAUUUAUUUACCAUAAUAACAUUUCUGAUAGAUUGGAGAAGCGCAAACAAGUAUCCAGCCUUGGUGAUAUUCUAUAUAAACUGCUGCUUCAUGGUGUCCUGCAUCGGCUGGUUGGCUCAAUUUACCUUCGGCAAGGACGUGAUCGUAUGCCGCAAGGACGGUACGCUGAGAAUAAGCGAACCAAGCGGGGACACUCAGUAUUGCACCAUAACCUUCAUUCUCGUGUAUUAUUCUCUAAUAGCAGCUGUGGUGUGGUUCGUCAUAUUGACGUACGCCUGGCACAUGAGUUUCCAAGCGCUCGGCAAAAUAAAAGACCGUAUAGACAAAAAAGGCGCUUAUUUUCAUCUGAUCGCCUGGUGCUUGCCAACCGUCUUAACGGUUUCAAUCAUGACCUCAGGCCAGAUUGAUGGUAACAGCGUGACCGGAAUAUGCUUCGUGGGUUACGUUAACCAUACAGCGAGAGUGUCGUUUGUGCUGGUACCGGUAUUGGUCGGUUUACUAGUGGGAGGCUAUUUUCUAUCCAGAGGACUCUUCACGCUGAUUAGCUUAAAAAUAAGCAGUCGAGAAGUCAUGUCCGAGAGGGCAAGCGCGAAGAUACGGGAAACCAUCAUUCGGAUGGGGCUGUUCUUCAUAUUUACUUUGGCGGCGGUCGGUGUGAUGUUUUAUUGUCACAUAUAUGAAUUUAUGCAUUCUUGGCAGUGGCGGCAAAGUUUCAGAAAUUAUAUGAUAUGCGCGAUAACAACCAAGUAUUCAGACGAAUCCGAGUGCAAAAUGGAGAAAAGGCCUAGCGCGGGAAAGAUGCAGCUGCAUCUGCUAGCGCCGUUUUUCGCCGGUAUACUUAUGUCUUCGUGGGUUUGGACUAGUUCGACAGUCGACACGUGGUCCAGAUUCCUAAAGAGGACACGUCUUCUUUGUGUAUGCAGAACCUUCAACUGCGAGACUGAAGAGCCAAUAAGACUGAAGAAGCACAAAGUCAUCGCGCAGGCCUUCGCGAAACGAAAGACGUUCAACAACGCCGGACGGCUGUCCAUAAGUUUCCACAACACACACGAGGAUCCGGUCGGGCUAAAUUUCGAACUCAACUCUGUAGCUUCGCAAGAUUUCAGCUCCACUUGGGCAGCCGCUCUGCCUAAGCUGGUCACUCGAAGAGGCGCAUUGGUCGGCAGCACUACCGGAUCGGUGUCUAGCAAUAGACGAAAUUCGGUGGACUCUGAGAUCAGUUAUAGCUUCCGAUGUGUCUCCAUGGAGUCUAGACGCGACUCUUUAGAUUCACAAAUAUCCGUGCAGAUUGCGCAAGUGAAGACCACGCGAAAAGUCGCCGGUCGCCCUAAUGGCCGCCGCGGUAAGAAUAGAAGAGACUUUGGAAAAUCUGGUAAAUCCAGAUCGGAGAAGAAGAUUGAUCCGCACUCGAGGAGAGACAGCACUACCUCUCAAGACAGCCAACUGGUGACAACCGGUGGGCAUGUGCCGAUUCAAAUGCCCAAUAUGGGCAGAAGACUAGGGAACGCCGGGCUGGACGAGCGAGCACUGAUUGUCGAGGAUCGUGGCUCGAAGAUCAUCGACAUGAAGAAUGCGGGUAUGCUGUUGCCGUUCUUGUUCCCGAGUAGCGACGAGAAUUUGAGCAACGAUGAGAAGAGACAUCAGGACGCGGUAGAUAUCGACAUAGAGGUUGACAAUGCGGAGAGGGACGAGCAGGAUAGCGACGGCGAGGACAGUCAGCCGGAGGAGGAAGUGAAGAUGUUGAAUCCGGAGGAUGUGCACGGACGUAACAAAAGCAAGAGCAACAGUAAGAACUGCAAGACCUACAAUUCCGAGAGCGAUCGGAGGAACUGGGAGAGUCACAGGAGCAAGUACGUCCUGCAGGACGAGACGAUCUUGAAACACUUGCUUCAGGAAAGCAGCGAUAUCAAGAUGAAGAACGAGACCGAGAAGAAAGAGAUGUACAGGAAAGCCGCUGCGGGCGACUUGGCAUCUAGUCUCACCUCGUGCUGUCCAGAGCUCACCAGACUGAUGGCACAAGGCGACGGGCAAAUGGGCAAUGCUAGAGAAAUAGCGACGCAGACCUCGCUGCCGCUCGAAAUACUGGAGAUGGAGGAAUUGAAGCAAAGCAUCGAUGAGAUCAUCAACAGUAGACAUUGCAGCUCCAAGGGGACUCAAAUCUCGCCUCAGUUGAAGAAGAGCAAAAACCUCGUGACGUAAAAUUUGAGUCUAUUCGUUCUUUCUUUUUCUCUUUCCCUUAAGUGUAUAUUGGAAAAUGUGCAUAUAGUGAGAUAGGUGCUAGAUGAUAUACUGUAGGUUUGUUAAUUGAAGUAAUGACAAUUGCGGCUAAACACAGACGAAUAUAUUUUGUUUUUAUUUGUUUUUAUCGUAAUGCGGCGCUUACUUACAACAGUGUCGAAGGACAUCCGACGUCCUAUUUGACUGCGCGCCGACGCUAACACAUACAUGACGUAUCUGUGUAGCCAAGCGAAGCUCUAUAAAAUUCAGGCGGCUUUGGAGAGUGAAGUGAGUCGAGUCGAUAUUUAAGGCGCGAAAAAAUGAGCUUCCUUCACACGGUUCGGUUCAGUCAGCAACAGUGAUCGCCCUUCCGCACGAAGAGACUCUGUCGCUGCCACUCUUUACGUAACUAGUAGUUAAUAGAGGGACGUCCCUCGCCAGUGUAUCACUGCACUGAACUACAAUCGCUGUAGAAUGUUCUGAAUUAAAAAGUGAGAUUAUGUGAUGACGAUUUUUAGUGGCUAUCACUUGAUUCGUAUACAUAGGGAUGCGGUAACGAAAUUCUAAUAUAUCGAGGGGCACCAGUUGUAACAAUGCGUGUCUAUAUUUUUUGUACAUUUUUAUUAUCGCUUAAAAUAUAGUAGUCAGAAAUCAGUACGAUAUCUCAUUGGCAACUCGCUUCGAGUGCUAAAUAAUACGACGCGACCACGGUAAUAUAGUUUUAAAUAUAUCGUGCUGCAAAUAUUAUCUUUCCGUCGAGAAAUCAAAACUAUGGUAUUCCGUAGAUAUCGUUGAACGUUCGUAAUGCCCGUAUCAGAUUACGGAUUAGGAUUAAGAUUUGACUGAAAUUUAACCAAGCAGAGCACGACUCACCAAACUUGAGUUUAAUAAACUUUGUUCUGAUUGGUUAAAUUUCAAUUCAAUUUCAAUCCUAAUCCGUAGUCCGAUAUGGGCUUAAGAGUGUAUCGAACACUCAAUGGCACCUUGUUUAUACAUGUAUUUUUUUAACGGCUGAAUAAAAUACGUUUUUUUUAUAAUUCUCUUAAGAAUUAUGUUAUUAAUUUAGUCUCUAAUAAAUUAAUGGCUAAUCCGGUAGACGGAAAUUAUCUGUUUAAAUAUACAUACGUACUGCUUAAAGCCCAUAUCAGACUAUGGGAGAUUGGGAUUGCGGAUUAGGGA